AUGAAAAACGAGUCUAUAGUGGUUAUCGGAGCCGGUGUGAUUGGGUUGAAUGUAGCCCUCGUUCUUGCCGAAAAGGGUUACGCCCAAUACACGACCGUCAUUGCAGAGCAUCUUCCAGGAGACACGUCUGUGAAUUAUACUUCACCGUGGGCCGGCGCCAAUUUCUCUGCGAUUUCUGCAAGUGAUCCAAAUGCCUUGCGAUGGGACAAGCUUGGAUACACGUAUCUUCUCGAUCUUGCAGCGAGGGAUGGUAAAAAUGCGUUUGUCAAGGAGACCUCUUCCACCGAGUACUGGGAUGAGUUACCACCCCGUUCAAAGAUUGAAUCCAUGGCAGAGUACCUAAAAAACUUCAAGGAGAUCCCCACACAGGACCUGCCAGCGGGUGUUGAAUUUGGAAUUGAAUUCACCACAGUAACGAUCAAUGCCCCAAUGCACAUUCGCUAUCUAUACCAAAAACUCACUCAAGAAUAUGGAGUGCGCGUCGUUCGCAAAAAGAUAUCUCAUGUCUCGGCUGGUUAUCUCAGCAAGGAUACGAAGAUGGUAUUUAACUGCAUCGGAAACGCAGCGAGAGAGUUGAAGGGAGUUCAGGACUCGAAAUGUUUCCCCACCAGAGGCCAGAUUCUGCUCGUAAAAGCAUCUCACGUUCAACAGAAUAUUAUGAGACACGGCAAGGACUAUGAGACUUAUGUGAUUCCUCGACCGUACUCGAAUGGAAAUGUGGUCUUGGGUGGAUACAUGCAAAAGAAUGUCUCCACCCCGGAUACCUUUGGAGAAGAAACAGAAUCAAUCCUGUCGCGGACGAAGGCUUUGCUUCCUGCUCUUGAUUCCAACGAGACUGAGGUCCUGGGCGCAUUUGCUGGACUACGUCCAUCUCGCGAGGGAGGUGCUCGUGUUGCCAAGGAAAGUGUGCAAGUUGGUGCUGAGGGACGCCGGGGAAUCCUUGUCCAUAACUACGGUGCUGGUGGAACCGGCUUCCAGGCUGGAUAUGGAAUGGCGGCUGAGGCAGUCGACACUGUGGCGGACGAGAUCAAACGUCUUGAUACGCAAUCGCGUCUUUAG